AAGUCACGUUCGUGUUAUUUUUACUAUUUCAAUCAAAUACUUAUUCAUGGGGCUUUAAUUGUAAAGUUUAAUAGAUCAAUCUUAUUUCCGAAACUUAUUUCCGAAAGUGAUCCGGAAAGCGGAUCACUCAAUAAAUCUGGGCUUUAUAGAGACCGUUCUAAAAGCGAUGAGUAAAUUAAUACCAUCAGCCGCAAAGCUUUUAAGCGGAGCAACAGUGUCGAAAGCAGCCGCCCCAGCUGUAGUUGCUUCAAAAACAAAUUAUAGCACUAAAUCUGAAUCAACUUUUGAAAUCAAGCCUUACAAACUCCACAAAUUGGAUAAAGGCCCGGCUACAUCGGCUACUCUAACAUCAGAAGAUGCAUUGCAAUUAUAUGAAAAGCUUGCUGUCCUACGCAGAAUUGAAACUGCCUCUGGUAACUUGUACAAGGAGAAAAUCAUUCGUGGAUUCUGCCACUUAUAUUCAGGCCAAGAAGCGGUAGCUGUGGGUAUGCGUGCAGCGUUACGAGAUGUUGACUCGGUCAUCACUGCCUACCGUUGCCAUGGCUGGACUCAUUUGAUGGGAGUCAGCGUUCUUGGAGUACUCUCAGAAUUGACAGGAAGGAGAACUGGUUGUUCCAGAGGCAAGGGUGGCUCUAUGCAUUUGUAUGGAAGGAACUUUUAUGGUGGGAAUGGAAUUGUUGGUGCUCAGGUUCCUUUGGGUGCGGGUCUAGCAUUCGCCCACAAAUAUCGUGGAGAUGGUGGAGUAGCAUUUGCUUUGUAUGGAGACGGAGCUGCUAACCAAGGGCAAUUGUUUGAGGCAUACAACAUGGCUAAACUUUGGGACUUACCCUGUGUGUUUGUGUGCGAGAACAAUGGUUAUGGUAUGGGCACAAGUGUCGAUCGAUCAUCGGCCAGUACCGAAUACUUCUCUCGUGGUGACUAUGUUCCUGGUAUCUGGGUGGACGGCAUGGAUGUUAUUGCGACUCGUGAAGCAACUCGCUACGCUAUCGAUUACUGCUCUAGUGGAAAGGGGCCCCUAGUAAUGGAAAUGGAGACAUACCGUUAUUCCGGCCACUCCAUGUCUGACCCGGGAACAUCAUACCGCACACGCGAUGAAGUGCAGGAGGUACGACAGACCCGAGACCCGAUUACUUCCUUCAAGGAGAAAAUUAUCGCCAGCGAACUUGUUACACCUGACCAGCUCAAGGAAAUCGAUACAAAAGUCCGUAAAGAAGUAGACGAAGCGACCAAACAAGCCAAGGCUGAAGCCGAAGUCGGCCCCGAGGAAUUGGCCGGCGACAUCUAUUAUAACAAUUUGGAGAAUGUCAUUCGCGGUAUUCAUCCGGCCGCGCCCCUCCAGCACGUGGAAGUAGUUCCCAGGAAUUAGGAAAGUAUAGAAAAAUAUACACAGUCCAAAAUGCAAUAAUUACCUAAAUAUCUUGACGCCGUGUCUCCGUGUGUUUAGAAAUACUAUUUUAAAAGAUAUUUAAUUGGUGAAUUAUUUUAAUUUAUCAAAAACAAAGGAGAGGCGGCUUUGCAACUGUCAAUAAAAUCGAUUUUAAUAGUUUAAUUGUCAUAAUAAGUUUUUGAGUCUGUGUGCCUUUGAUCAAAAUAUGGCCAAUACCAAUAGGAUUUGUAUCCGAUUUUUAUAAGUAAUCAAUGUUAACAUCCAAGUGAAUAGUUUCUAUAGAAAAAUCUACUAAAUAAAUCUACUAUGUAUGUUAAACUUGGACGUACGACGUCCUAGAUAUAAACGAAAAACUUUUUGAAGGCCGAACACCGAAAUUUAUAUAAUUUUCGAAAUUAAAGUAAAAGUAAUGUUAAUCGUCACGACGAUUUAAGUGAUUAGUGUAAAUAAUUUUUUCCAGAACGACUCGUAAUAGACGAAUUAAAAUUAGAUUUUAUCCGCUUUGGUUAUUACGUUUCCCGCUAUCCGAUUUUAGUGUGGCCAGCGUUGCUAGAUGGAGUAAGAAUAUCGUAUUAAUUUCUUUAAAUCGCUUCUUUAUUACAUAUAUUGUUUUUAUUAUUGUACUUAUUUUUCAUCUGUGCGGGAUUAUAAUGUAGAUAGAGCUUUAUGAGGCAUAUCUAUUAUGCCUUGGUGUUACCAUUGUUGAAAUAUUAAUUACUUUUACACUCCCGAAUAUACAUUUUAUUUGAGAUUAUUUUAUCUUUAUUUUGUAUUUGUGUAUUUUUUAGUAAGCUUAACUGCCAAUUCGUAUAUGGGGAUCAUAUUGUAUUAUUUCGCACAUUUUCGUUUUUAUGUAAGGGAUUAUUUAUUAUUAUUAGAAAUAAAUAUAUUGAAAUUAA